ACUACAGUCUUAUCUUGGGGGUGUGGGGCAGCUAUAAGGAGGGAGGCCUCUGAUCAUUUCAGCCCUUUGUCUCACUAACCUCCUUGACAAGAUGAAACUCCUUGUGUUGGCUACUCUGCUUACAGCGGGCGCUGCCACCAGCAACGUCAACUCGCGGGCGUUGUGGCAGUUCCGAAGCAUGAUCAAGUGCAAGAUCCCCGACAGCGCACCCUUGCUGGAUUACAACAACUACGGCUGCUACUGUGGCCUGGGUGGAUCAGGCACCCCUGUAGAUGAGCUGGACACGUGCUGCCAAAAACAUGACAACUGUUACAAACAGGCCAAGAAGCUGGACACCUGUAAAUUCCUCCUAGACAACCCCUACACCAAGACGUACUCCUACAAAUGCACGGGCUCUGAGAUCACCUGCAGCAGCAGCAACAACGACUGCGAGGACUUUAUCUGUAACUGCGACCGCAGUGCUGCCAUCUGCUUUUCAAAGGCCCCAUACAACAAGCAGUACAAGAAUUUGGACGCUAAGUACUGUAAGGACUGAGAACAGCCUCUGAAAAGUCUUCUGGUUGCCCUCACUUCUACUAUGCCCUCCAUUAAAGCACCUUGUUGAAGAGC